GCGGUCCUGUAUAUCUCUCCAAGAAAAGCAUGCGCACAUGGAGGGGAUAGACAACACGUUUCAAGUUUCUCCAUAUAAAAAUUGUAUUUUUUACGUAACUUCUUAUUAUUCGUCUAGAAAACAUAAUGGCAGACACAAGUCUUGACGACUUUUUCGCGAAGAAAGACAAAGGUAAAAAGAAAAGCAAGUCUAAAACGACACCGAGUGAUAUACUGUCGAAGCAUGACAAUUUCGUCAGUGGAGAUGAUACGACGAAAGUGAAGAAGAAAAAGAAAGAGAAAGACAAACAGAACGCUGCCACGUCAAAUUCAGAUUCAGGAAAUACAGGAACUGCUUAUCCUAGAAAGGAAGAUGAAGAGUGGGUAGAUUUUGUAGAUGAAUCUGAGAAGGACUACAGUGGAUUGAGGAUACAAAACUUGCAAAUCUCUCACAAAGAAGGAGAAGAUUUAGAAGAAGAUGAUAAAGACAAUGACAAAGAUGACGACGGAGAAAGUGGAGAGAGACGUGAUCUAUCGGGUCCAUGGAACGUAUCCCAAUCAAGUCGACCUCGAGUGGAAGUUGUACCAGAAGCACCACCUAAACCAGCUGAGGAACCAUCUAAAGAAGAAGCUCCUAAAGCCCCUACAAAGUAUGUGCCUCCUGGGGCCCGUGGGUCUCAGGCUUCAGGUGAAUCUGGCAUGGGUUCAAGGGCAGCCAUGAUGAGGAGGAAGAAGGGUGCACCAAACCUUAAAAGUGAAGAUGACUUUCCAACACUUGGGGGAGGUGCACCAGAGGUGGCAUCGUGGGGUCCAACAGGGUCUGGAAAUUUUGAGCGUGUCCAAGGUGGAGGAAAACAAAUGGAUGAUCCGUCAAAAGUGAACAUGCAGCUUUCACUAGGAAACAAAUAUGCUGCUUUACAAGACUGACCCUGUGCCAGUGUAGAUUGCUUCUUUGUUGUGCUGCAUUGUGGCACAACUGAUGGGCAUUUUGACGCUGAUGCGUCAUGACAGUUCUGUUGAUCAAUUUCCAUGGUAAUGUUGCUGGUUCAUUGCCAUGGUGAUGCUCUGAUUCAUUGUUAUGAGUAUGUUGCUGGCUCAUUGUCAUCAUAAUGUCAUUGGCUCAUUACCAUAUUGUGAUGCCUUUGGUUCAUUUUCAUGGAGAUGCCACCAUGUCAUCAUAAUGAUGCCACUGGUUCCUUAUCAGAGUGAUUUCACUGGGUCAUUGUCAUGGUGAUGUCACUGGGUCAUUGUCAUGGUGAUGUCACUGGGUCAUUGUCGUGGUGAUGUCACUAGUUCAUUGUCAUGGUGAUGUCACUGGGUCAUGGUCAUGGUGAUGUCACUAGUUCAUUGUAAUGGUGAUGUCACUAGUUCAUUGUCAUGGUGAUGUCACUGGGUCAUUGUCAUUGUGAUGUCACUGGGUCAUUGUCAUGGUGAUGUCACUAUAGUUCAUUGUCAUGGUGAUGUCACUAUAGUUCAUUGUCAUGGUGAUGUCACUGGAUGGUUAUCAAAUGAUGUCUCGGUUAUCCACUGUGUAUCAGAUCAGCGGUACUGCUAGAACGUGAUGAUGGCAUCUUGGUGACAAUUUUAGUAAUAUAAACAGCCUAUUAUCCUAUACUGAGAAACUGACUACACUGUUAGUGCUAUCUGGUUUGAAGAUUUUAAAUUCACCCAGAACAUGAAUUGUUGAUUGAUAACAUUGUCAUGUUGUUAGAUACAUUCUGAAUGUCUAAACAAUUGGCAAAUCAUUAAAUCGUGCUUCAUGCUUCUAAAGAUUACUCAAAAAUGUUAUGUAAAAAGAAAAUUUGAAAUUUACCCAUGUUUUGCCUUUUAGGGACAGAAUUUUAUUUUGUGUAUAAUUACUAUAGAAUACUUAUAGGGUGCUAAUUUCCUCCGUAAGUGUGAAGUGCUGAAUGAAUACAUUUGUGUGUGCAUGUAAAAUAAGGUUUACAUUGUACAUAGACACUGAAAAGUGUUUUUCUGACUCACCAAUAUAAGGCUCCUGGGUAUGUACAUGCAUGUUUGCUCGACAUGUUUCAAUUUGUACUAGGCUAAUCGUGGAUGAUAUAUUUAACACAAGGUUGACAACUUUAGCACAUCUUAUAUAAAAGGUAAACACUGUCUUUAUGGUAUGUCUAUUUUGUUGUCAAUUAUUGGUAAUUUCUUUAACAAAAAUUAAAACUCCUACUUGUCCGACUUUAUUUCUGUGAUGGAAUGUGAUUAUAGCUGAUUUAGUAGCACAUCUAGCCCAAAGGGCCUGUGAGCUUAUACCAUGGUGCAGCGUCUUGUGUCAAUAUGUCAACUUUCUUGAGUGAAAGGGAACCAAUUUUGUAUAAACAGUGGGUCAGAAAUAAAAAUUGAAUCAACUGACGUAAGGUGAAGGUCACCGGAUAAGAGGUAAAGGUCAAAUAUAGUAUGUUUUCAAUGAUUAACAUUUUGUUAUGCAAUUAUGAAGCAAUGCUUGUUGAAAUUAAAAAAUGAUUUUGUAUCUUUUCACUAAUAAACAUUUGGUGAUAACAUAACAAGAUAAUUUGCCUGGAAUCAAUCACCAAGUCAACUGACUGAAUGUCCAGGUUGUAGGUCAAAUUUACUGUGUCCAAAGGUUAAAGGUGAAAGUCAUAAUUUGUUAUUUUUCACUAAUAAACAUUUUGUCAUGACAUACAAAGUCCAUAUGUCAAACUGAACCACAGAAAUGAUAGCUUCUUGAUGAUUGUGGGGGAUUUAUAGCCAUAUGAUGGCACCCUUGUUGACUUGUCAGUAGUCUAGUUUGCUUUGAAUUUUCUUUGGAACCAUAACGCCAAAUUAAGUUAAAGGGGAAAGUUGACAGAAAUAUAUGGUACUAAAAGCUGAUCCCAAACUGGGAAAACAGUAUGUAAUGUAACUUCUGAGUGCUACUGAAUAUCCAGGUGAGCAGUACAGGCCCUAUGUGCCUCUUGUCUCCAGAGACCUUUGCCAUAAAUCCAUUUAAGUGAAACAUUGAGAUGUACCCAGUAGAUAAAGCCAUCAGUUUUAUCUCUUCAGGUAUAUUAACAGUCCUUAGACUAAUUCACUUUCUGAAAGAAGUGGUUAUUUUGUGGAUUUUAUUUUGGAACUGGUUCUUUGUUUACACAGAAAGUGUUUCUUGUAGAUGUACAUGAAAAAUCAGUAUUGAGGAAUAUUUGAGAUGAAAUAAAAUUUGUCAUAUAAUGGAAUUCUCACAUAAAAUAUAAACCUGUUUAAAAAUGUCCUUUUGGACACAAUGUCAGAUUUAAAUAGAUACCCUCAACCCUCCAGUGACCAUUACUUUAAAUUCCAGAUGUUUUCUCGUCUGUGAGAGGAUGGAUAUCAAUAACUGUUUUGUGAAGUGUUGAUGAGAAUGUUAAUAUGACAAGCAUACCUCUGAGAACUUGGAGCCUUCAGGUGUUAUGUCCUUACCUGACCUAUACACCGGGUAUUGUGUAUUUCUGUUUAAAUCGGUCAAAUCUGUCCCACCCAUCUGGUCAUGUUAAUUACAAAUAUUACUGCUGUUUUUGUUACGCUAUAUUUUUUUCAUUACAUUUUGUCAUGUCGGGUUAGGGUCCAUGUGGCCUGAAAAAUUUUUCUGCAUAUUUUGUCUUAAAAUUUUAAAAAAAUAGUAAAUAUGUUUAAAGCAACAAAUGAUUCAUCUAGAAGAUGAGUGUUACAGUAGAUUGUUUUUCUUCAGAAUAUUAAAAUUUAUAUUAUGUUUAAUAUUGAGGAGUUCCAUAUAACCUGAAUCUUGACUACAAUAGAAAUAUUUGCAAAAACAACCAGGUACAGUAGCAUAAAUUUUAAAGAUAAAUCUUGAUAGUGUACUGGCUAAAAUUGGUGUAAUUGAUUGAAGUUCCUAUUUUUAGAAUAAUUGGUUACAGUAGAUUUGUGUAUUAGUCUCAAAAUGUUCACUUGUAGCUUACAUUCAGAUUAUCUAAUGAAUCUAAAAUCACCCAAAACCAAGAACUAAAAAAAUCAAAUGUAUUCUAAGGAUGUAUGGUGCCUUAGUUAUUUUCUAUCUUCUUUCCAAAAGAGCUACACACAAACAAAUAUGAUGUCUUAAAAGAUUCAUAAUAAGGAUUAAUUUGAAAUAAUCAGUGAUGACAUUUUCAUAAUUCUCUGGAUUUUCACACAUUGUGGUAGUUCUGAAAAUUCAACAAACAUCAAGGGAAAUAACUGUUUCUGAAAAUUUGUUUCAUUUUAAUCUAUAAAGGUAGAAGGUGCCCAAAGUUGAUAAAUGAAUACUGGUUUUUGUGCCAUAAAAAUAUUUGGCAUUCUGCUGCACUAAAGGUACAUGUAAAAUACAUUAUUGCAAAAGUAAACAACAAAAAAUGAGGUAUAUUCGGGUACUUGAAAAUUGUUAGUUUUUGUGCAUGUGAUUAUUUGAAAUAACAUCUGUGUUAUAAAGAAGCUUGCAGGUAAUCAGUAUUUAAGUUGAUAAAUAUAAAUUUUUAUGAUAUGGUUUGAAGUAUUUCAAAGGAAUAUCCACAUUUAGUGCUGAUUAAUUAUGAUUAUUAAAGAUAAGUCUAUCA